AUGAAGACGAUUGGAAUCAUUGGAGGCAUCGCAUGGCCCAGCACCCUGGUCUACUAUCGAACAAUCCACGAAUAUUUCAAGAAGCGCACGGGAAGCAACGGCCUUCAUACGCCCAACCUCCUCAUCAGCCAGACGGAUUUCGCCCUCAUCGAGAAGGCACAAGCGGAUGGGAACUGGGACGAGGUCGGGCGGCUGCUCGCCGAGCAAGCGAACCGCCUGAAAGCUGCAGGGGCUGACUUCUUCCUGCUGGCCUGCAACACAGUGCACACGGCCGACACCUACAUCGCUGCUCACGUGGACCUCCCCAUACUGCAUAUUGUCGACGCAGCCGCAACGAAGGUGCUUGAGCUCGGAUGCACCACGGUCGGACUCCUUGGUAGCCGGUACACCAUGACGGGCACGUAUUUCGUGGGCCGCCUGCGAGAAAAGUACGGCCUCGAGGUUUUGGUGGCUGAGGGAGAGCACGAGAGCAACGUUCACAACGCGCUCUACCAAGAGCUUGCCAGGAAUAUCUUCCUUCCCGAGACGAAGGCUAAGUUCAAGGCUGCGAUUGCCGAUCUUGUUCUCCGGGGUGCGGAAGUUAUCGUAUUGGGUUGUACGGAAUUUGGAAUGCUGGUCAGUUCUGAGGAUAGCACCGUGCCAAUCAUUGACACGAGUGUGACGCAUUCCGAGGCGGCGGUCAAUCUUGCUUUACAGUCCCCUCUCGCGGCCGAUGGCUAG